CAGGAGUAGGACGCUCAACCCACUGAGCCACCCAGCUGGAAGACCCAGGGGAAGGCCAAGGCUCAGGUGCCCACAUGAUCAGCACAGCCAGGGUACCUGCAGAUAAGCCAGUACGCAUCGCCUUCAGCCUUGAUAAUGCCUCAGAUGAUACACCUCCUGAGGACUCCAUUCCUCUGGUCUUUCCAGAAUUAGACCAGCAGCUGCAGCCUCUGCCGCCUUGUCAUGACUCCCUGGAAUCCAUGCAGGUGUUCAAACAGCACUGCCAAAUAGCAGAAGAAUACAAUGAGGUCAAAAAGGAAAUCGCUCUGCUUGAGGAAAGGAAAAAGGAGCUCAUUGCCAAGCUGGACCAGGCAGAAAAGGAGAAGGUGGACGCCGCUCAGUUGGCCCGGGAAUUCGAGGCCCUGAUGGAGGAGAACCGGACGUUGAAGCUGGCUCAGUCCCAAUGUGUAGAACAGCUGGAAAAACUUAGAAUACAGUAUCAGAAGAGGCAGGGCUCAUCCUAACUUGAAACUAUUCAAUGUGAGUGUAAAAGGUUGGUGACUGCUGUGUGCUGGCCAAAAGAUUUUUGUUUUCAAGGGAUAGUGUGUAAAGCCUACUGGUUCCUUUUAUUACCCAUGUUGCAAACAUCUGUAAUGAAUUUAAUGCUUGCCAGAUCGAGUUUGCGAGAAGGGAGAUUAUAUUUUAAAUAAGAUCAUUAAAGCAAGCCUGUUGCCAAUCUAUGUGUUCAGAGAUCAUAACUCAUUUCCAAAGAUAUAUUUUUUUCUUAUUUCCGAAGAUGUGAUCAGACUGUACAUCAGGGUAGAAAAUGAUGAAAGUAGAAUAUUGAUUGACUCGGCUAACAAUCAUGAACGGAAUUAAGCCAGGAAAACAAACUGGUAAGAUGCUCACUGCAGUUUCAUACCUGUGUACUUUUAAAUUUCACAUCUUGAAUAUUUCAACUGUGCUCCAACCUGAAGUCAGAAACUUCUGCGUACAUUUUUAUGUUCACCAGAGUUAGGUUUAAUCCCUCAAUGACUGAUGGUACUAAGAAUAAAUGGCUGCAUAUCAUAAAAACUUCCUCGUGAAAAUAUUAGCAGAAAGCAUGUUUGUGCCAAAGCAUACUGCCAGUGCUAACUUGCUGUUGUAAUAAAAAGCUGAUAAGGCCGCAUUUUUUUUUCACACCAUGUUACCAGCCAGUAAACAUCUCUGCCUUUGCUUGUGUGUGUUUUGGGGGCAUGCGGGAAAUGAAAAAGUAUUGUUUGGACAUUACUUUGGUGAGUUCCCAUGAAAACAUCAGUGAAACUAUGACUAUGACUUUGUUUUGGGUAUAAGGAGAGGUUAUGACUAUGACAUUGUUUUGGAUAUAAGGAGAGGUUUUGGAUCAGUGAUAACU